AAUAACAAUUUUGUAUACAAUGUAGUUGCAAUAACAGUAGGUACAAGCAGAAGUAAAUCUUGUAAUUGUAAGCUAGCCUACCGUGGAGUCUACUGCCAAGAGUACAUGCUUGCAAUUGCCUUGCUCAUAAUCUGAUAAUCGUGUGAGUGCAGGGCUAGCUGCGUAUUUGAUGGGUUUUACUUGAUCGAUCUCUGCCUGGAAAUUAUAAUCUAUACCGGUACACAUGUAAUUAGUGUUUCCCUUCUUCAUCGUUAUGGAGUUAUUGAGCAGACAGUCUCUGAUUUUGUUAGCAUUUUCUGCUAUUGAUAUAUUGGUUGAGACUUUGUUAACCCUAAAAAUUGGAGCGGAUUUUGACAGGACGAAUGGUCUGGAGAAUGUAGGAGCAUUUAGCUACGGUGCAUUUCGGAUUUCCCAAUACCACUUCGCCAUAUCGCCACUUGACGUUUGGAUUACUGCAGUUUUGCGCUGUGCCAUAUGCAUUGGAGUCACAGUCGGUGUGCUGCACGCAGCGCGCAGGGCCAGGUUGAGCAGCUCUAACCCUGCGUCGUUCCGCAAACUUCGAACUGAGCUAGUUGUCCGUGUCCGGAGACUGCAAACACCGGGCCUGCUCACCGGCGUUUCACUGUUUGUAUAUCUGGUGGCGAAAUUUUUGUUCAGUAUAGAAUUUAACAGCGAUGGCACGGCAGCCAGGAAUCCCACUGCCAGUCCUCCGACGACAGUGGCAACAAUGUCUACUACAGGCCCAGUAGCAGCCACGACACCAGUCGCUAGCGUGACUAGCGAUGUGCACAUACACGUCAUUGUGCGCGUUCACCCAUGGCUCUGGGCUCUGCUGGCCUGGUCACUCACGGCAUGCAUAGUACAGCUUGUCUAUGUGCACCGAGUGGGAGACAAGAAGCACAGCAAGGUUAGGCCCGAGCCCAGCGAUGCACGCAGUCGUGGUAACAACACUCUGCUGGUGAAUGAAUCCGCUGUGGAGGAGGACGUGCCACUGCUGCACCAUUGCGCAGCUGAAAGCUCCGAGGCGGCUACUGCGGACUCCGAGGACGAUGAGCAGCUUCUGGGCAAAACAGCCGUUGGCUCAUCAGACUCGAAUGACAGUGACAGCAGUGGGAGUGAUGAUAGCGAUAACGAUAGUGAUAGCGCAGACAGUGAUAGUGAUAGUGGCAGUGAUUCUGGUGAACGUAGGCGAGGAGACAAAAAGAAAAAGCGUACAACGAAGCAGGACAAAGACUUGAACAAGCCGUCGACAUGGAUGACGGUGAAGAAGCUUUUGAAGCAGUCCAUGCCUGACUGGAUGUUUAUACUCGGUGGAUUCUUCUUCCUGAUUGUAGCCACCAUUGCCCAGUCUCUGAUGCCGCUGUACAUUGGUAAAGUGAUCAACAGCAUUGCUAUAGACCGGGAUGCUGAUCAGUUCCACCGGGCUAUCAUGAUCAUGGCUGUACUCUCGGCAGUCGGUGCGCUGGGCGCGGGCGUUCGCGGCGGUCUGUUCUCGCUGGUCUGCGCUCGCCUCAACAUUCGCCUGCGCAACAAGCUGUUCGGCUCGGUGGUGCGGCAGGACAUGGCGUUCUUCGACACGACGCGCACCGGAGACAUCACGUCGCGCCUGACGUCGGACACGGAGAAGAUGAGCGAUCUGAUCGGCAUGAACAUCAACGUGUUCUCGCGUAGCAUCGCCAAGGCGUGCGGCGUCCUCGUCUUCAUGUUCAAGCUGUCCUGGAAGCUGACCAUCGUCACCAUGGUCAGCCUGCCGGUCGUCAGCGUCCUCUCCUACAUGUACGGUGAGUACUACAAGAAACUGUCGGAGAAAGUGCAGUCGUCACUGGCUAAAGCCAACGACGUAGCCGAGGAAGUCUGCUCGUCUAUAAAGACCGUGCGCAGCUUCGCCUGGGAGGCCGAGGAAGCUGACAACUACAGUGAGAAGCUCAAGCGUACGUACAAGCUGCAGGUGAAGGAAGCGCUGGCCUACUGUGGUUAUAACUCUUGCUCACAACUCCUGGAAUGGGCUUCGGUCAUUGCCAUACUCUUCUAUGGUGGUUAUCUGGUCUUGAACGACGAGCUGAGUGGCGGGUAUCUCGUCUCAUUUAUCCUCUACUGCGAAGAACUGGGCUCUUGUAUUGAAGAUGUUGGUGACGUCUUCACUGGCCUAAUGUCGGCCGCGGGAGCUGCCGAAAAGGUCUUCAAGUGGAUUGAACGUAAGCCUGAUACCCUGCUGGAGCCGGACAAGCCCGAUUGCGGUGAGCUGCGGGGCGAAGUGGAGUUCAAGCAGGUGUCCUUCCGCUAUCCCAGUCGGCCGGAAUCGACCGUGUUGAAAGAUGUGUCGUUCGUGGCACGGCCCGGUGAAGUGGUUGCACUGGUUGGCCCCAGUGGAAGUGGCAAGUCGUCGUGUAUGAGUCUGCUAGAGCGCUUCUACCAGCCCGACAGUGGUACUAUCCUGUUGGAUGGCCAGCCGUUGAACAUGUUUAAUCACAAGAGUGUUCACGAACGUGUAGUGAUCGUGAGUCAGGAACCGGUGUUGUUCGCUCGCUCUCUUCGCGACAAUAUCCGCUAUGCUCUGCCUGGUGCUUCCGAUGAUUGUGUUGAGGAAGCAGCCAAACUAUCCAAUGCGCACGGCUUUGUUUCAACUCUACCGCGCGGCUACAGCACGCAAGCGGGGGAACGCGGACAGCAGUUGUCCGGUGGGCAGAAGCAGCGCAUUGCCAUAGCGCGUGGUCUCGCUCGCCAGCCCACGGUUCUUCUUCUCGACGAAGCAACGAGUGCACUGGACGCGGAGAGCGAGCACAUCUUACAGCAGUCCUUGCUUCAGGCAAUGUCGGACCGUACCAUCAUAGUCGUUGCUCACCGCCUGAGUACGGUGGAGCAUGCCGACCGCAUUGUCGUCAUUGCAGACGGCUGUGUCACUGAGCAGGGAACUCACACUGAACUACUCAAUGCCGAUGGAAUGUACGCACAGCUUGUACAGCGACAGCUUCGCCAUUCCAGCUCACCAUCGCAGGACGACGACGAUAGCAGACCCUCCCCGUCAGCCGUAGUGCCACGAGAUAUAGACAGGCAGGUGUCAAGUCGUUCCACGGGGUCAGCACAGCGUCAGCGUAGUCGGAGAGGCAACAAAUCUGGCUCUUUUUCCAGCAGCGGUGACUCAAGUGCUGAAGAUACCGUGAAAAAGCGAAGAUAGUUUCCUGCCAGUGUGUUGACCGAUUGAACUUAUUGUAUUUCUGCGAGCAGUGUUUCUGUUCAUUGAGCUCAAGCUCAGCUGGUCAGUAAAACCAGCCGAGGGCCUGUGCAGCACCGUGGAUUUAGCAUUGCACACAUCGACUGCUCUUGUGAACCCAGUUAGUCCAGAGUAUCGUCAAGUUGUGUAUGUGAUAUGGAGAGAAUGUGGAACUUUUUUUUCGUUAUUUUCAAGGAACAUCUCAGCAACCUGAGUCGUUGACUAUUUGUUUUAGCUGUACAAUUGUUGUAGGUGCCGCUUCGGACUAGGCAUCCUCACACGAUCGUGAGUACACCGUACUAGCUCUUUCAGCCAAUGCUACUAACUUAUCUAACCAACCGUAGCCCAAAAGAUAAUAAAAAACUAGACCUUUUUAUAUAUGCUCCUCCUAGAAAUUGAAUCGUCUUUAUAGCGCCGCCGCUCCUCUACUUGCCUCUGUUUGAGAAUAUUUUAUGGCUAGCCUAUUGUUCCGCUGAGACUCCUGUUUGAUUGGCGAUAUGUUUGUAUUUAUUUUUACCGAUAUCUUUGUAUUUACUUCCUAUUCUUCGGGCUCAACCAAAGUG